ACCGGUAUCAUUUUCGAAAUAUACUACAUACUAGCGCGGGUAUGACUUGACUUUUUUAUUAUCAUCUCUGUUUGCUAUAUAGCGUAUCAGAUCAAUUAUCUUGGAAAAGAAUAGCAGGCCACACCCCAACCUGCCGGAAUCGGGUAUUAAAAGAAAUUGACUUUGUAGUCAAAGUAUAUAGUAAAAGGGUUGAGGUGAGCGUCAGCGAGACCCUGUUUUGAACCCUGAAAAAUAGUUUGGUAAUACUACUAAAAACCUCUCAACGAGUAUAUGCCUAUUAGGCACACCUCCAUUGGAUACGACAACCCAAAUCACGGUUGCGACGAAGGCAGUAGAACAACGAACUAUGGUUGCAAUAAGGACACGCAGUGCCCAUAAAUUUGCCAUAUCGUCCGUCCAUCUCUCUCAUCUCAUCACCGCCGCCUAGUGCGGGUAUAUUCUUUUUUUUUCGAGUCGAACCAUGGGCAAGAACAAGAAUCGGAACAGGAACAAGAAUAGAGACAAGCGGGCAAAAGAUGCUGGAGGUGACGAUGGCAGGACGAGUCAGACGCCGGCGACGAAUUCGAAUCGAGACAAUACAUAUCAAACGUCUUCGAAUGUUGAUAAGACGUGUGGGGGCGAAACGAAGACACUGGUAGAUGAGCAAAAACAUACCAAGGAGCCGGAAGAAACGGGGGCCAGCGAUGUACAAGUUGCGGUUGAUCCAGAGGCUCCGACAGGCACGCCAAAGGCCAAACGCGACUCGGUCAUCUCGAACACUUCAGAGGGUCCUGCAGAUAAAAUCAAAGUCGCAGCGCAAGUAGCUCCGAGGGCAGGCUGGAAUGUUCGAGUCCGUCGAUGGCUCUGGCUCUGGUGGAGCUGGCCAUGUCGCUUGUUACGAUGGACAUAUCGUUUUCUGAUUGCCUUGGUGCGAAUCUACUGGAACGACCAGCGAAGAGUGGAAGAUGUGCUGCUGACGGUGGGACUUGGUGGCUCGGUCGUCUUUGGCGUCUAUCUCGUUGUUGAUUUCCUGGUCAAGCAUUCAGAGGAGCUAAUGGCAGUCUUCCCUGCGGAGUGGUUCCUGGUACGGCAUGGCUAGUUGAGAAGCCAUUUGGAUCAAGCAAUCGAUUGUUUGAAGGAUAUCUGGGGUAGCCUGUUUUGUCUACUGGACUGGAAGGCAUUCAUAGGUACACGGGUCAAGGUGUCGGUGUUACAAUUUCAGUGCCAGAAUCUGUUGCGAGGUCAUAAACCUUGGCUGGUUGGUUGGUCAGCAUACCCCAACCCAAAGGACGGCAUUUGAGUGCACUAUGGUCGGCAGACAGGCAGGUAGUGGUGCUGUGGUGUCGGAUAUCGCCUAACGCGGGUUGUGUCGAGUGAUGGGAUGCUUUGAUGUUCGAGUCGGGUCUAGCGCCGAGUGCACGUGAUGGCUAGUGCAGGAAGUUUAGGCGGUACUGCCGCUGUCACGACAUGUCAAUCCAGCAGGCAGAGGGCGAGGGCGAGGGCGAAGGCGGAGAGGAUAGUGGCAGGGUGUAUCUUUUGGCUAGUCAGUGGACGAGAGUAACGCGUGGGUGCAGACGUGCGUCUAUCUAUCUGACUAU